AACAGACAUGCCUUCGCAGACGGGACGGAAAGCGUGAGGCCUGAAGUUGAAGGAAAAACAUGAGAAAACGUGGACAAGUGCAAAGGAUCAUGUCUGUUUUCUGGACUUUCUUUGCGGUUCUCCUUGUUUAUUUAAUGGUGCAGAAGAGUUAUGCUAUUGUGGUCUACGCAAAAGUGGGUGACUCAGUUGUCCUACAUCCAGGUCGGAGUUUUGAUAACAUCACUUCCAUUAGCUGGGGGCAUGAAAUGAGCCCUGUCUUGGAGUGGUUUGGACAGGACAUUAUUCCUUCCAAAUGUUAUAAAGGUCGCAGUGAUGUGGCGAAAACAACAGGAAGUCUGAUCAUCCACAACCUGACAGUCAAGGACACCGGCGGCUACACACCUCAGAUUAACACCUUGACUCUUAACCCAGUGGUACUCAAGGUCAUCGAACCGGUCCCAAAACCGAUGGUGUUCUUAAAAUGCAACGUUAGGCGAACCCUCUGUGACCUCACCUGUAAAGCCAACACCAGUUCUCAGUUUGGACCCGUCACGUAUAAAUGGGAAGCAGGAAACAAGGUGGUGUCCACUGAUAAUCAGCUGAGCUUAACAGAGAAAGAUCUAAGUCGUGCUUACACCUGCAAGGUGAAAAACCCUGUUAGCACCUCGACCAGCGAUGAGGUGGCUGCCCCUGCUGAUAAAGGGUUUCAUCCUGCAGCAGUGGCGGUACCAGUUGUGCUUGUAGUCCUGGUUCUGGUUGUGGUUGGUGGCUAUGUUAAGCACAGGAAAGAGCAAAAACAAGCACAGAAUGUUGAAGAAACCAUUGAUGAGACGUCUGCUAUGAGCCUGAAAGCCGUGAGGAGAAAUGGAAUAAGUUUGGAAAGUAUUGAAAGUACUGGAGUGGUCUCACCUGCAUUGAGGAAGACAAACUCCCAAGAAGGAAGCUCCCAUGAUGAUGAAGAACAAUGGCUGCAUGACGACCAGGAACUUCAGAAACAAAGCCUGGAGCUUCAAAUUCUCACAAACGUCUAAAUUCAUCACAGACGUAUUGAAUCGAGCAAAGCAUCUUUUGAGCGUUUUCUUUGUAACCUCACAACAAACAAAAUACAGUAGUAGUAGUUUCUGUUGGUUGUUAAGUAACAACAAUACCUUUACGCCUCAAAGAAUGCAGUACCGACUGCAUCCCCCAGGGGCGCUGCAGCCAAACCGAGCAGUAAUCCCCAUCACUUCAAGGCUAAAACAUGAAAAAUAUUCUUCCUUUCAGUUUAUUUAUUUGGACUAUUUUGCAUAUUCUGAGGUUUUUUUCUCCAACAAAAGUCGGUUUUCUUGGAUAAAACAGGCAGAAAAACAA